AUGCCACCUAGUCCAGAACUCGACAAAGUCUUGGUAGAUUUGUGCCACCAAGGCUUAACAAGAGUUCAAAUGUUAGAAUAUCUCAAUACGGAAACCAAACACACUAUGAAACUUCGAACUCUUGCACAACACUUGCAACACCUUAAUUUAAGUACUAUGCAAGCUCAACUCACUGAAGGCAAGAAAGAAAAGUGCCUGCAACUCAUGAAGUUCUACCAUACUAGACGUUGGCAACAAAAAGAAGUUGAAGCAGCUGAGAAGCUACUUCAACGCAAGCAAGCUGGUGACAAGAAUGCUGGCUUCCAGCAAAUGGCUCAUGUCAUGGCCACUGCUGAAUCAAUACGCUGGUAUACUGAGGACCUUGACAUCAACUCAGUUUGGACUUUAUUUCAAGAGUUGCUUUGGGUUGUGAUUCCGAUGGAAUUAGACCUUGAUGAUAUCAAAGCUGGAGGGGAUCCUCAAGAACUUUACCCCAUGGUAGAUUUGAAUGAUGAGGAUGAAAGUGAAAUGGAAAAUGGAACUGGUCUAUCAGAUGAUGAAUUUUAUUAUGAAGACGAAUUUGUAGAUGAGGACGCACCAGAUGCAGAUGAAGAAUAUUUUUAUGAUUCUGAGUGA